CAUCUCAAUUGGGUUAAAAAAAAAAAAAUUGCCUUCGACGACUUUGAGGCGCGUAUUGACUUGGAAAGUCACCGAAUCUUGCACUUCAUUUCUGCGUGUCUUCCAGGAAAUUUCGUGUGCAGUUGUUAGCUGAUUAUAUAUCGUCAUCUCGGACAGCUGAGUAGUCGUCUCUUGCGAAUUGCUCUUGAACAUUACUGAAGAUUGAGGAUGACGCAAGGCACAACUCAAUUAUUUAGCAGCGGAUUUGAGACUGCAUCGUUUGUGGCCAGCUCUGGUCUUCUCUCCGCUCCAUGGAAUCUUAUCGCCGACCUGAACGCAGAAACCCAUCCAAACGAGAAUCUAUUCUGGAAAAAGCGUAGCAAUGAAUCAGAUUCGACGAUUAUAGCGUUUGGGACUGCCCAAAACCGUGUCGGACCUGAUUUGCUUUGCUCUUCGGACAUGAUGGAUAACCCCUUCGAAUUUCUCUGUUCCAAGAAAAACCCCUACUUCUCGCUUAAUCAACCCGCAAUGUCCCUCUUCAAUGAUCAUCGACCGAGUCUUGGUCAACUAAAAUCAGAGAUCGAUCUCGAGAAACCGGUGAUUGUCACUGGGCUUGGUGUUGGAGGAUCAGUUGCUUCUCUUUUCACUCUGUGGCUGAUAGAGAAGAUGGGUUUAUCGGACAAGCGUCCACUCUGCAUCACCUUUGGUUCUCCACUUAUCGGAGACAAACACCUGCAAGAAGCCAUAUCACGAAGCAGCAGUUGGAACUCUUGCUUUCUGCAUGUAGCCUCUCACCGUGACCCACUGGAUUCCUCCUUCAUUUCCAACGAUUCGUACAGGCCCUUCGGAACAUUCCUCUUGUGUUCUGAUUGCGGUUCUACUUGUUCUGAGAACCCCGAUUCUAUUUCGAGGCUUCUGAAGGAAAUGAGUACCCAGAAUCAAGGACCGCAAAUCCCAGGAUAUGGAAAUAUUGUGGAGAGGCUCAGUAGUAAGGCGAUUUGCAAGGACUCUGAUGUUCCCAACAUGGCUCAAAAUUUACUACAGGCGAGCCUCGCUUCGCAGUUGCAGGCUUUGGGAUUUUCAAACUCACAUUUGUCGCAGAACGAUCUGGUGAAAGAUUUGGAGAGGCACGAGCUGCUGCUGACUCUGAAUAAGAGGAAACGGUUUAUCCCUGACAAGAGGCUGGAUGAAAUGAAAACGUAUAUGGCCCAACUGGAGUGGUACAAGAAAAUUUCCAAGAAUCGGAGAACAGGGUACUAUGACAGUUACAAGAACGAUUGGUUUCCAAGGGACCAGGACGUUCUCAUGUUCGUCAAGAUCCUCAACAAUUACUGGAAAGAUAUGGUUGAAGAGGUAGAGAAGAAGCCCCAGAAAGAAGUUGGAGUUUUUCGUACCCGAUGGCUCUAUGCUGGGACUAAUUACAGGAGAAUGGUGGAACCAUUGGACAUAGCCAAGUACUACAAGGAGGGAGGAGAAGACUACAUAAACAAAGGAAGAUCAGAGCAUUACAAACAGCUACAGAAGUGGAAGGAAGAAGAUAAGAAAGCAGAGUCGAUAAAUAGAAAGAAUGUGCAAUCUAUAUUGACGAUGGAUUCGUGCUUCUGGGCACACGUGGAAGAAGCUCUCAUUUCGCUGCGAAAAUGCAAGGCUGCAGGGUCCAGUGUGGCAGAGAAGCAAGAGGCGAUGAAGAGGUUGGAGGAGUUUGAGGAGUAUGUGUAUGGGUUGCUGAAGAAUUAUACAGUGUCGCCGGAGAUUUUCUUGGAGGAUAGCAGCUAUAUGCGCUGGUGGAAAGAUUACAAAACAUUCAAGGGAGCUUCAUAUGACUCCCGACUGGCCAACUUCAUGAAGAAACAUGCUGCGUAUGAGAAGGGUGAAUACGAUUUCUCCCUUGAGUAACCGGCUUCAAAAUCAACUGGGAUCGCUCACCUCAUUCCACUUUGAACUUAUGUCGUAUUCCUUAUUUCUUCCGGUGGUUUUAAGGUGAUAUUUAUGGUAUGUUAGACUGAGGGAUCUUCCUGUGUGUGGGUGUGUGUCAUUGUCUGCUUUGAUUGAAUAAUUCCAUACCCCGACCAAAAUUAUUUUGGUAUGCUAUAUAGAGAAGAAAGUAUAGGAGGGCGGCGUCUUUGUUGAAGGUUAAAGCAAGGAGUCAGUGAUUAAUAGUAGAGAAUGCGAAGACGGUGCAAAAAGAUGUGUUCAUGGGCUUCACGGUUAAUGGCAAUUGUGACAGCAUAGAAGCUAAGAACAUCAGUGACAGUCCGAGGGCAGGAGAAAACCCUAUGCUCUUCAUUUUUUUUGGGGGGGGGGGGGUUGUCUGCUGUGAAUCAUGGAUCCAGAAAGCCCAAGGCCCAAAAAAAAUGUAGAAUCGUUUUAUAUGUGGACCUUGUAAUUUAAUAUAUUCAAGUUUAUCUAUAACAAAGUGUUAUUAUUAUAGAAUGUGAUAUAUGAUAUGAAGUGAUCAAAGGAAGAAUGGCAGUUAGGAUGCUGGAAGGAGAAUGAUUUGAGGAUUGGCUAUUCAAGAAAUUAUUGAUGCAUGCAGAGAGGGGUAGGAUGUAUUUAGGAUCACGUUUGUCAAAAAUAAAACCCCUCUAAUUUUGGCA